CUAGCCAUUGCCGCCAGGCUCGUCUUGGUCUGAUUUUUCGUUUCCCCCCAAUUCUCAUUUUUGGGAAUUUUGGGUCUCUAUCGGACUUCAAGCGUUAGUUACCUACCUACCUAGUGGCUAGGUACCUAUUUGUGUGGAUUCCCUCUGCACUCCAACAGCAUAUCGACCCGACGAUUUCUUCCAUGCCCAACACCCCCGUUGGGCGCCAGUGCUUCGAGUCUCUAAACCCCCGUUUUCUACACCGUUUCGCUAAACCCUGCGACUGACUGAUCCUUUUUUUGGGAACAAGUACAAAGAAAAGAGCACCUGACUUCCGCUUUCGCACGCUGCCUAAGGUAUAAUCGGGCGUGCCUUGCCUGUGUCUAAAACAGCUUCCACUUGCUUUCUUCUUUAGUUAAAGAAAUAACAAAACUGCACGCGAACCGAAUUGUGGGAUAUACCGCCGCCCAAGUCUCUCAAACACUUGUUAAUUGCCUGCCUGCCUGCCUGCCCAGCCUAUUCGCCUGCUAAAAGCGCUUCCCCCCACCGCCAUUUCCCGGCCCACACCCCUCACCUUACAUUCACGAAAACGGCAAUUCUUGACUUGUUGUUUUGUGCUGUCUCGACCUCCGAACUCCUUGUGACAAUUUCCGACUGUGCUUUCAUUCUCUGAUCCCAUACUUCGAGUGCUUGUUACAGUACAUAGCAUAGCAAGAAUACAAAGUUGUUGUAUCAGAUCUACUCUCCGACCAGACUGGGAAUUUUCUACCCCACUACAGAUCUACGACGACAUACAUCACCUAACUUGACGCUUGGCCUGGCCUCUGACCAAUCGAGGAACAAAGACUUUGCCGGAUCAACUGCGUGGUAGGGAUACUCUUGACGACUAAUAUCACGAGGACCCGUUCUACUUGUCAUUGUUGCCUUCGAGAGCCCAAAUGGUCGUCACACAACCCAUCAUGCAGGCUCAUGAGGAUCUUGCGGCCCUCUUCAGCCGGAAUCUGAUUCUUGAUGCCAGCAAAAUUCAACAAAUCCAGAUCCAAGAACAGCCUCAGCAGGAGGCACCCGAGCCGCAGCCCAUCACCUACUCCAUCUCACAACAUUACCAUCACUCGGUUUACCAUGUUGCUCCAGUAGCCGCACAGCCGGACCGACCUGCCUCUGAGCCCCCGCAAUCGGAGCAUCAGGGAGUAGAAGCAAUCUUGACCAGCCAUGGCGUCGACCCCGCGACGCUUUCGCAGUCGCAGGUGCAGCUGUUCAAGGAGGCCGACGAUGCGCAAAAGUUGCGACUCUUGGAGCUAUGGAGGAUAUGCCCGCCAACAGCCACCCACAAUAGUAACCCGGCCCUAGCACACAACAGUACCAGCCUUGAGCAGGAGGAGCAGUUGGCACGUAUGCGGUAUGAAGAGCAGCAGCAGAUGGACGAUGCCAUGGCCAUGAGCAUGGAUGGGACCUCUGUCAUGGUUCCGAUUCAGGGGGGUGAUGGGAGGUGGCAGGUCCCCGAGGCGGCCCAAGAUUACAUGAUGGAGCCUUACAUGUCUUCGGGUUACGAGGAACUUGCGCGGUCGGCCAUGCCUAUGGCGUAUAAGCCAGCUACGGAUCCAGUCUACAAAUCUGCCUGCUUGCCUAUUGACUACAGGUCUGCUCACAUGCCUAUCGACUGGGCAUUGAGGCAGCAGAAAAUGGAAAACGACUACGGAGCUUUUGCCCAGUGCCGCAUGGAAUACUGAGGACUGCGACUGCAUCUGGGAUCUUUGCACUCUUCAGGAGGCAUGCUGGCAUACAAUAUCACAGAUUUCUUGUGUCGUUUCUUUUGUCUUUCGCGAGUUUUCAUGGAGUUAUGACACCUUGUCGGAAAACUCCAAGCUAGUCUAAUCAAGAAUCCGUCUUGGGCAGAGUGAAGGAUUGUCAAGUAUUUGGUUUAUCGAGUUUUGUUAUUCUGGGUGUUGUAUCGCGUCAAAUGCGAGUUAUCAUGAAGGGAGUUUUGUUGUCAACUUGUGUUUUUAAUCAGCAUAGUGCAUAGCAGCUGUUGUCCUGAACAGGCGUGUAUUGAAGUGAUUUGAAAGUGAGUAACUGUAAAAGCGGUUGAUAUGGUCCCCAGUAUGAGAUGCU